UCCAGGGCGCCAACCCUUUGUACUGGGAGCUAGCGUGUAAGCACGCAGCCAAUCUUCGCCGCUUUACAGCUCCGAGAGUGUGUUUCUUAUUAGCCAUAUUUUAAGGAAGGGUCAUAGCUCUAACACGGGAUACAGUAGGCCUUGCAACAGGGAGGUUACAGCCAAAUUGAACCAUAAAGGGAGUGUGAGCGGCGUUUGCCUUAAUGUGAGUGAACAGCGACGUGUGCGAGCGCAGAUAUUUACCACGCCGCACCGAGAAGAGAUACUUAAGACCUGCUUCCCCUGCUUUGCGUUCUUGACGACGUGUAUUAGGAACUUGAGUGAGAGUACAUCGGUAUACCUGCCAAAAGUGACAGCCUGUGAGCACUUUAAGACGCAACCACUCAAGAGAGCGGAGGACACGUUUAUAAAUACCGAGGCAGAUUGACAUGGGCAACCCUUGUUCCUGAACAGCGAGGAAAAAGAGGCAACCAAACAGAAGCGUGUUCUCUCUCUCCUUUGGUGUUUUUUUCCUUCCCAUUUGUUAUCAAACUAAACCUGAGAGGGCUCGUUGAUGCUAGCCACUGUGUAUAUGACGUCUCAAGACUUCUCAUGUCCGCUCUAAGUGAUUUUUAAAAGCACCGGUUAAAAGUUUGCAUUCAAAACCAAGUGCUCCUUGAGUGUUUGCUUUCUCUGCACGACGGCUGCUGGUAUCACAGGAGCCAGUAUGAUAGGGCUUGUGUUUUUACUGUGCUUGUCUAUGGUGUAUGGUGGCACGGAAGCCCGUGUCCGAAGGUUUGACAGGCAGAGAAGUGGUCAGCACCUCAGUGACCAAACGAGUGGGCAGCACAGUCGCCAGCUGAACCUGUAUAUCGAUGAGGAGCAGGUGGAACAGUACGUAGGAAUUCCCUUGCAAAUAUUUAUCAUAGAAGCAGGCACAGUGGUUCCGUUUCUCAAAAUGCCGGAGUUUGCCGAUCAUUUCCCCGUAAUUCCGCCGGAAAUCGAUAUGGUCAAUCUGACCUGGGAGGCUAAAAACGGCAAGUAUACAUAUUGGUUUGAAGUACUGAGCUCCUCCAGACAGAGUAUUAUGUAUAACCCGCUGCUCAGCAUUCCUGCCGUCGGGUACGUGCCUGCAGAGACGACAGUGUUUCAGAUUGCCAUACCAUGCACGGGGCGUGGGCGUGGGAUUGCCACAGUUCGCAUCGUACUCCACGUCAUGGACGUCCACAACAGACCUAUCCCCGGAUCACCCAUAGAAGUCAGGUUGCAGAAACAGUGUAAUUCUUUUCGCGACGAGAAGCCGAAAUGUGACGAACGGUGUGAGAACGGCGGGAUAUGUGACGGCCAGGGGCAGUGUCAGUGCCCCACGGGUUACAGCGGCAAGAAAUGUGAACUAGUUGACUGUAACCCUGGCUGUCAAAACAAAGGACUGUGUGUCUCGCCAAAUGUGUGUAAAUGUGUGUCAGGUUAUGAGGGAAAAAGAUGUGAAAUAAAAAUGUGCACCGAGCCUUGUUUAAACGGAGGUAGCUGUGUUGGACCCAGUAAAUGUGUAUGUCAGAGCGGGUUUUACGGUGAAAGAUGCCAGCAUAGCAGGUGUUUGUACCCGUGCAGUCAUGGGGGGACCUGUGCUGGCAAAGACGUCUGCUCCUGUCCUAGCGGAUACACGGGGAGGUUUUGUGAACUUCCUGUGUGUCAGCGCGGCUGUGGUCCCCAUGGCAUGUGUGUCGACGUGGACAUUUGUAUGUGUGAGUUUGGCUGGUAUGGACGAUACUGCAAUAAAAAUGUUUAUAACCGAAGAAACAGCAGACGAGAAAAGCGCAGACGAUCGAGGGAUUACAGCUGAAACCGAUAAGACGCAGAUAUCUUUGUAAUAUAUUUUGGCAAGAGUGAAAAUUGGGAAUAUAUUUUAAACAAGAACUAACUUUGGAAAUUUGCUGAAAGUCUUUUCAUUAUAUACGUAUAGAAUCAACCUUGAUCUUUGUACGAGUUGCCUACAGUUCAGCGUUCCUCUACGCACCAACGGAGUUUUUCACAUGGAUUAAUUGUGUCCUUUGUGGAGCGUUUGGGUUAACGGUGCCGAAAUCCUGGUGUCUAAUUUUUGUCGAAGAAACAUUAUAUAUUUCAUAACAUACACUUAGAUUAAAUAUAUACAAAACACCUUUGUCAGAAAGGCACGAAUCAGUCAACUGUAUAAUUAUGCAUAUAAAUGCACCAAUGACUCCUUAUGUUACGAAAAGUCACUUAUAUUCGCGCCCGUCUGUCGAAUAACGUUAAAGGCACACUCUCUUGGUUUGAAAAUCCCCAAAAUGCUUUUUUUUUUUGCCAUCCACAGCCUCUUAUAAAACCUUACAUGUACCUUUAAAUGAUUUAGCCUCUUGAAUUUUUUCUGGAGCGGAGCCUAUGAUGAUAUUUCCAUUGGAGCUUUUAGGAAAAUGGUCGCUGUUUUAUGACUGUCCAGUCAUUUUAAGCUAAAAUCAAUCUUUAUUAAUUUUAACAAAGGUCGAAUCCAAGUGGAGAGAAGGAUAGAUAAAUGAUUCUUGAGUACGAAAAAAGUGUCCAAAGAUGUCCUACAAGAACAGCAUGUCAUAUGGGCCACUGGCCUCAAUUACAAUGGUCAUAAAGCAAAUAAGAUCAUUGUAGAAAUAUUGGACUUGCAACAAAAUUUUAGUUAACCUACCAGCUGUAUUAUAGAAGCAUUCUGUAUAUUUAAAACCUACAAAAAUGACCAAAGCGAAAAUCCAUGUGAUAUAUUUCAGCAACGGAUUCCUAUUUAUUAGUCUAUAACUUUUUAUUCACUUUAUGUAUGUUUAAAGCUUAUCUCGAGAACUUUUCUCAGUCAUAAAAUGUAAAUCUCACAUUUAAAGUGUAUUUCGCAACUUACUGGGUCGUUAAACCUCGAAAUACGAGAAAAUGGCAUUUGCUUGAGAAAUGGGCGUAAUAGUUUUCAUCAAAUUGCCAUAAAGCACUAGUCAAGGUUCAGAAUGAAACCGGAGUGGAUAAGCAAUUACGUAAAC